UCAAGGGUCGAGACGCAGGUAAAGUUGCGUGUGGAGCUGGUUGAGGUCUCUGGGGCCGCAAAUUCGGAAGCCGCAGCUUCUACCAGCAACGGCGGUGCCGACCUAGGUCUUUCCUAUGGCAAGCCUGCUACACACUGGAAGUAUGUCAAGGUGCCCAAGACUGCGAGCGUGAAGGUCAAAAGCAAGGGUGUUUGUGGCGGUCCCGGCGGGAGUAUGCUGUCCUCCAUGACGAUCACUGGGUGGCUCAUUUCAUCGGAUCAUCAGAUGAUCGGUUUUGCAUUGAUUAGCCUUGCUGGUGUUGCACCGCCUAUGCCACUCUCGAUGCCAUUUUCCCCUUCCUCGUGCCUCCACAUCGAUUGA